AUGGCGACCAGGCCGGGGGUGCCCCAGCUUAAAGCUCCCUUCCCUCUCAAGCUAAAUGAGUCUCCUCGUGUCAGCGAAGAGCAUUCGUCUACGACGCUGUGUUCGCGAGAGCUUCGAAGAUCAGGAACGAGCUCUGACGACCUCCGUGGCCUUGCGAAACAGCAUGCCAGUAGUCCAACCACGCCACUGCUCCCGUCUCCAAUCACACAUAUGCCAAAAGACGGAGAGGACUCAUACUUUGGAGCCUCUGAGACUCGAGAUUCAAGUCAGACUUUGAAUGAUGCUGUGCUCGACAAGUUACAAAUCCUAUCGUAUUAUUGCAACGAGGAAGAUUCCCGCAGCAGUACAACCAUGGCGUCGUUGUGUUCCAACUCAGGCCCUGACGAGAAGGCGGAUGAAAAUGAUAAAAGUACUACGUCCGACUCUUUUCCAGUCACCCCGAUCGAUCAGAUCCCACCUGCGUUUGUUUGUUCGGACGAGUCGGGAUGGCUGGCGAAUACGACAUCUCAUGAUGAGAGACGCAGACGGUUCAAAGCAAGAUUAUACCAAAUUGUUCAGCACCCCUACAGCCAAUACGACCCAGAAUACGCAGACGAUCAAGUGAUGGUCGCUACCGUGCUGGUUGGAUCUGGCAAACCGAAGAUUGUCCAGAUUCAGCGACCUCUGUCCCGUCGGCAGGGGUCAACGCCGACGGCGGAAAUUCCACAAAACCCAUCGACACCGGUACAAGCGACCAUGGAGGUCUCUGCGUUCAGUCCUUAUGACACUCCGAGCGAAGUUGCAGAAAUACCGCAGUCAGAGAAUUCCCUGGCUGCAGCGGCGGAUGAAAUGCCUCGGCACUCUCCUUCGAAUCAGCUGAGCCCUGCUGCUGUACCUGCUUCUUUGUGUCACUUGACAAGAAAGCCGAUACCUCAACGGUCGAGCAGUGGCGUGCGUGGUGUCGACGAGCCGCAAGUAUCGCCGGUCUUGGCUGACCCAUUCACCGUGUCCAAAAGGUGGUCGACAUGCUCGGACUCGUCAUCGACAUUCAGUGUUAGAGCAGGGCUCGCACGAGAUCGAUCUGGUGGUGUCGGGCUUGUGUCUUUACCCUCUUUGUCUCCCACUGACGAAGUGGCGGCGCGGUCGACCUGUCGAAAAAUGAAUAGGGUUCUCAAAGCCGUGACACUGGCCAUUUCCAAUUAUCCUGAUGGAAUGCUUCAGCUUGGGUCCCCGUCAGUACUCGCGGUCCGAUCCCCGAAUGUAGCAGACCAGAUUUAUAUCGGCACGCUUGGAAAGAUAUUCCCGACGGCGCCCGCCAUACUAUUGUCGAGCCUCGCAGCGUGGAUUCUGAUCGACGUAUACUUUACACAUUUCGAGGUGGUCGCGUCUGAGACGAGUGGGCAUGGAUAUGGAUGUCCUGGAGGGGCGGUGCACUUGCACUCGCACUCGCACUCGCACUUGCCGGGAAACCUGGAUAGGAUCCCUACCAAGGCGAGAGCGAUGCUGGGUCUUGACUACAAUCGGUCCAAUAGUGAAGUGCAAUCAGCGUCGUCCUCGUCGUCCUGCUUGACGGUGCCCGCGGAGAGUAUGAGAAACAUGGCGAGGGCCGUCCAUGAUGGCAUGUGCAUCGUUAGUCAACGACUGAUUGAGUCGUUGAGAGGCUGUUGGGAUGAGGAUAUAUGGCGGUCUCUGAAGGUGCUGGUUGAGGUCAUUGAAUCUGGGCACCGGUGA